UGUGAAGAGUGAAUGAUGCCCAAUGAUCAGAACUCCCUCUGUGUUUCUUUCAUUCUCAGGGGACUCAUCAAGCAAGGACACAAGUGCAGCCAGUGCAAUGCGGCUGUCCAUAAGAAAUGCAUCGAUAAGAUCAUCGGCAGAUGCACUGAUACUGAGGACAACAGCAAGGACACAGAGAUUGAGAAGCCUCAUAGUUUUAAGACUUACAACUACAAGAUUCCCACCUUCUGUAACCACUGCGGAACGCUUUUGUGGGGUCUAUUUAAACAGGGACGCAAGUGUGAGGACUGUGUAUUGAACGUUCACCAUAGGUGUCAGAAGAAAGUGGCCAACCUCUGUGGCACCAAUCAGACACUCCCAUCAGAGCCCCUCCCCCAGGCUGACCAGAAUGACCCAGGGACUACAGAUGCAAAUUAGCCUCUGUGCUACAAUCUAGCUCAGUUAUGCUAAGAUGCUAAUUAGCCUCUGUGCUAUAAUCUAUUUUAGUUAUGCUAAGAUGCUAAUUAACCUAUGUGCUACAAUCUAGCUCAGUUAAGAUGCAAAUGAGCCUUUAUGCUGUAAUCUGGUUCAGUUAAGAUGUAAAUUAGCCUUUAUGCUGUAAUCUAGUUCAGUUAAGAUGUAAAUUAGCCUUUGUGCUGUAAUCUGGUUCAGUUAAGAUGUAAAUUAGCCUUUGUGCUACAAUCUAUCGGAACGCUGCCUAUUACCACCAGCCCCUUAUUUCCGCUCUCUUACGUGUAUGUGUCACUUAAUAUUCAUUUCUAUACAAACCAAGAACCCACACCAUUGGUGUAUCUAAAUUAGCUAUGUAACUGCUAGGGCUGCUAGGGAAAAUAUUGGUGAAUAGCAUUUAAGAACAUUCUUAUAGAUUUUUUUCGUGAAUACGGCCCCUGGUCCAUAACGUAUGUGGUUUUUAUUCUAUAGGCUAGUGUUGUAGAAAGAAGGCCGCUUAGCUGACUUCAGACUCUCUUACAUGGAGCCCAGGAUCACAUUAUUAAAAGCCCUUUAAGAUUGGGGCUUAUUAGUACUGCAGGUAAAAAGAUGCUAACUGGUUUCUGGGCUUUUGUCAGGUAGUGAUUUGUGUGACUGAAUGAGGUGUGUAUGAAGAGAUAAAUGUGCUCUCAUUAUCUGAUUACACUGAUGGAUAGAAAUCCAUCAGCUCCAUGCUGAGAAACAUGUGUACAACAAUAUAGAUGUAUACAGAGAAAGAAAACAGACAACAUUAUGCUUAGAUUAAAAAUGGAAUAAAUUCAUAAAGAUUUAUUUUAAAACAAAAGUCUGAAAUCAAUUUGUUUAUUUAGACCUGGAUAUAUCAAUGCUUCAAAUGUCAAUUCACUAGGUCUCCCUUUGUAACAGUUUAGUGAGACAUACACCCACCUGACCAGGAGUUGUAAAAUAAGAGGGGUAAGCCAUGAAUUCUGUGAUCAAGGUAAGCUGGCCAUGCGAGGGGGAUAAACUAUUUCUGAAAUUUCAGAGGUGGACUUGCAUUUAGUCUCCACUGCAGCCCUGCACCCGCCUGGCCGACUCUGGAGAACUGCUCAAUAGCCUACCCUGCCGUCAAACGUGUGGAGUGCCAUUUGCAUCCUCAACAAACUAGAGAAAAGUUUCUAAAGCCUUAACACAUACACAAGUAGCCGUCCAUUUGUCCGGGUUGACUGACGUGAUUUAGCCUACAUCCAUAGCACUAUUGAUCGUUAUUGGAUAACUAGAGCCAUUUUAUCAUGAAAUGUAGCCUACCACCCCGUCACAUUUAUCAUUUCAGAUUAUCCGAAAAUAAACGCACGUUCGAGAUUGUAAUGCGGCCACCACGCGCAGCGGAAGCUUGAAGUGCAUUAUCCCGCUUAUUCUACAGUUAACAACAUUACAUUUUUUUGUUAUCUCAUUAUGAUAUUUAAAGCUGUUGAAUAAGUAUUUAUAAGACCGGCAUUAAAGCACAGGCCAACUCGGCCUACAUAGCCUAUUUUAGGUUAGUCUAGAUGUUUUCUGGCUUUUUUUUGUUGUUUGUUUUUUCAAGAAAGACAAAAACUAGUUGAAAUGUAACUUGUUGCGUGGUUUAGGAUUUAUUUUUUUAUUAUAUAGCCUACAGUCUUAUGGCAUAGGCUAUAUGUUCACCCGUUUAGUCUUCUUUUUGUAUCGUAACACCCCCAAUUAUCACCACUUUUGUU